AUGCGUGAACUUUUGUCUGACCUCGCCUCUCAUGUUAUCACCUUGCGUACUGAGAACAUGUUCAAAGGAUUAUCGAAGGACCUUGACCCACCAGCGCAGGCGAAAGACAAGUUCCUUGUUAACACGCAAGAAAUGUUGGACCACAUCAAACUCCAACAGUCAGUUCAAAACGCAACGCAACGUACUCAACGAAACAAAGGACCUCAAUCCAAACGUUUCAACAAUAACGGUGACACCAAUAAUUAUGCUAAAACGUAUUCAGGCGCCCGUGCACCAGCCACCGACCGAUUAAAUGGUUACAAACAGUCUCACAACAACUUUAGCGGCUUCUCAAAGGAUCAGCUGACUCAACCACGGGGUUCUCACAAGAGCCAGAACCAACAAAAACGGCUCUAGGUCAAGUGGGG